AUGAUAAUUACAAUAUUUGGUCAAAUAGAAUACCAAAAGUUAUUUUCGUUGAGAGAUGAACUUCUAGACGGUAACUGGCGGCACCUCUCAGUAGAGAGUAACAGUGUUCUGUGGACGACACUUGAGGGCACAGAGAGUUCAGCUGUGCUUGCGGAGGGCACAGAGAGUGCAGCUGUGCUUGCGGAGGGCACAGAGAGUGCAGCUGUGCUUGCGGAGGGCACAGAGAGUGCAGCUGUGCUUGCGGAGGGCAAAGAGAGUGCAGCUGUGCUUGAGGAGGGCACAGAGAGUGCAGCUGUGCUUGCGGAGGGCACAGAGAGUGCAGCUGUGCUUGCGGAGGGCACAGAGAGUGCAGCUGUGCUUGCGGAGGGCACAGAGAGUGCAGCUGUGCUUGCGGAGGGCACAGAGAGUGCAGCUGUGCUUGCGGAGGGCACAGAGAGUGCAGCUGUGCUUGCGGAGGGCACAGAGAGUGCGGCUGUGCUUGCGGAGGGCACAGAGAGUGCAGCUGUGCUUGAGGAGGGCACAGAGAGUGCAGCUGUGCUUGAGGAGGGCACAGAGAGUGCAGCUGUGCUUGCGGAGGGCACAGAGAGUGCAGCUGUGCUUGCGGAGGGCACAGAGAGUGCAGCUGUGCUUGCGGAGGGCACAGAGAGUGCAGCUGUGCUUGCGGAGGGCACAGAGAGUGCAGCUGUGCUUGCGGAGGGCACAGAGAGUGCAGCUGUGCUUGCGGAGGGCACAGAGAGUGCAGCUGUGCUUGCGGAGGGCACAGAGAGUGCAGCUGUGCUUGCGGAGGGCACAGAGAGUGCAGCUGUGCUUGCGGAGGGCACAGAGAGUGCAGCUGUGCUUGCGGAGGGCACAGAGAGUGCAGCUGUGCUUGCGGAGGGCACAGAGAGUGCAGCUGUGCUUGCGGAGGGCACAGAGAGUGCAGCUGUGCUUGCGGAGGGCACAGAGAGUGCAGCUGUGCUUGCGGAGGGCACAGAGAGUGCAGCUGUGCUUGCGGAGGGCACAGAGAGUGCAGCUGUGCUUGCGGAGGGCACAGAGAGUGCGGCUGUGCUUGCGGAGGGCACAGAGAGUGCAGCUGUGCUUGAGGAGGGCACAGAGAGUGCAGCUGUGCUUGAGGAGGGCACAGAGAGUGCAGCUGUGCUUGCGGAGGGCACAGAGAGUGCAGCUGUGCUUGCGGAGGGCACAGAGAGUGCAGCUGUGCUUGCGGAGGGCACAGAGAGUGCAGCUGUGCUUGCGGAGGGCACAGAGAGUGCAGCUGUGCUUGCGGAGGGCACAGAGAGUGCAGCUGUGCUUGCGGAGGGCACAGAGAGUGCGGCUGUGCUUGCGGAGGGGCAGAGAGUGCAGUUGUGCUUGAGGAGGGCACAGAGAGUGCAGCUGUGCUUGCGGAGGGCAAAGAGAGUGCAGCUGUGCUUGCGGAGGGCACAGAGAGUGCGGCUGUGCUUGCGGAGGGCACAGAGAGUGCAGCUGUGCUUGAGGAGGGCACAGAGAGUGCAGCUGUGCUUGCGGAGGGCACAAAGAGUGCAGCUGUGCUUGCGGAGGGCACAGAGAGUGCAGCUGUGCUUGCGGAGGGCACAGAGAGUGCGGCUGUGCUUGCGGAGGGCACAGAGAGUGCAGCUGUGCUUGAGGAGGGCACAGAGAGUGCAGCUGUGCUUGCGGAGGGCACAAAGAGUGCAGCUGUGCUUGCGGAGGGCACAGAGAGUGCGGCUGUGCUUGCGGAGGGCACAGAGAGUGCAGUUAUGCUUGAGGAGGGCACAGAGAGUGCAGCUGUGCUUGCGAAGGGCACAAAGAGUGCAGCUGUGCUUGAGGAGGGCACAGAGAGUACAGCUGUGCUUGCGGAGGGACACAGAGAGUGCAGCUGUGCUUGCGAAGGGCAUAGAGAGUGCAGCUGUGCUUGAGGAGGGCACAGAGAGUGCAGCUGUGCUUGCGAAGGGCACAAAGAGUGCAGCUGUGCUUGCGGAGGGCACAGAGAGUGCAGCUGUGCUUGAGGAGGGCACAGAGAGUGCAGCUGUGCUUGCGAAGGGCACAAAGAGUGCAGCUGUGCUUGAGGAGGGCACAGAGAGUGCAGUUGUGCUUGAGGAGGGCACAGAGAGUGCAGCUGUGCUUGCGAAGGGCACAAAGAGUGCAGCUGUGCUUGAGGAGGGCACAGAGAGUGCAGCUGUGCUUGCGUAG